AAAACAUAUAAGUACAUAGUAUAUGAAUAUGAAUCAUAGGAAUGUUAUGUUACACACUUGUUGAAAAUAUGGAGUUCAAGUAUUUUCUAACUGUGAUGUUCUUAUGGGCUUUGUUCAAGUUUUUGCCUUUUGUAACUUCUGAUGAUGGGUUAAUGAGAGUUAGUCUACAAAGAAGGAAUUUAGAUGUUAACACUCUUAAUUCUGCAAGGAUUAAGGAAGUUUUUAAUCAUGGAGGAUUAAGAGGUGUUAAUGAUGGUAAUUAUUUAUCAACUGAUAUAGUUUAUUUAAAGAAUUAUCUUGAUGCACAGUAUUUUGGUGAAAUUGGUAUUGGAUCACCUCCACAAAUGUUCAAAGUUGUGUUUGAUACUGGAAGCUCAAAUCUUUGGGUCCCAUCUUCCAAAUGCAGAUUGUCUAUUGCUUGCUAUAUACAUUCUAAGUAUAGGUCCAAGUUGUCUAGCACUUAUACAAAAAAUGGAACAUCGUGCAAGAUCCCGUUUAGCCGCGGGUACAUUCCCGGCUUCUUCAGCCAAGAUAAUUUAAAAGUCGGGAAUAUCAUCAUCAGAGAUCAGGAGUUUACUGAGAUUACGAAGGAAGGAUCGUUGGAAUUUUUAGCAAUGCAUUUUGAUGGGAUACUUGGACUUGGAUUUCAGGAUAUAUCAGUUGGACAAGUCAAACCAGUGUGGUAUAAUAUGAUUGAACAAGGGUACAUGACUCAAAAGAUUUUCUCUCUUUGGCUAAACCAAAAUCCAGAUUCAAACAUUGGUGGUGAGAUUGUCUUUGGUGGUAUUGAUUGGAGACACUUUAGGGGUGACCAUACUUAUGUUCCUGUUUCCCAAAAGGGCUAUUGGCAGAUUGAUGUUGGAGACAUUCUCCUUCAAAACAACUCAACAGGAUUAUGUCAAGGAGGUUGUGCUGCGAUUAUUGACUCUGGAACAUCGUUGAUUGCUGGUCCAACCAGCGUUGUUACUCAAAUUAACCACGCCAUUGGAGCGGAAGGAUACGUGAGUUAUGAAUGUAAAAACAUCAUUCAUAACUACGGCGAUUUGAUAUGGGAAUUCAUAACUUCCGGGUUAAGACCUGAAAUUAUAUGCGUUGACAUUGGACUCUGCUCGCGUAACGGAUCACGUAGAAUGAAGUACCAUGAUGAUAUUGAAACAAUGGUAGACGAUGAAAACUUGGAUGAUUCGCAACAAACUAGAGAGAGUCCCUUGUGUACAUUAUGCGACAUGAUUGUCUUUUGGGUUCAGGUUCAGCUUAAGCAGAGGAACACAAGAGAAAGAAUAUUAAAUUACAUUGAUGAGCUAUGCGAGAAGCUUCCGAAUCCGGUGGGACAAUCAUUUAUAAACUGUGAUAAUAUUCCAACAAUGCCGCAAAUUAUAUUCAAGAUUGGAAACAGAUCAUUUCCGCUAUCUCCAGAACAGUAUAUUCUAAGAGUUGAAGAAGGGUGUUCUAGUGUGUGUUAUGGAGGUUUUGUUGGUAUAGAUGUGCCUCCUCCACAGGGUCCUUUAUGGGUUCUUGGAGAUAUAUUUUUGGGGGCAUACCAUACAGUUUUUGAUUAUGGAAAUCUUCGUGUAGGAUUUGCUGAAGCUGCGUAGUCAUCGUAAAAAUAUAACAAAGGUUUUUUACAUCUCAAAGUCAGGCAUAUGAUGAAAAUAAGAUCAAAAAUAAAAAAAUAUAAUGCACCAGCCGGGAAUCGAACCCGGGUCUGUACCGUGGCAGGGUACUAUUCUACCACUAGACCACUGGUGCUCUUGUAUAUCUAUUUUAGAUCUAUGUUAUUUAAAUAUUUAUAUUUUUUAAGCUAUAGACAAUUUUAGAUUGAGUUAUUAAGUAAAGUUAUUAGCAUUGAAAAUAUAAAAUGUCGGAAAAAAACAUUGGAAAUGGGAGUUAUAACUUUUGUACUUCA